UAUCGACAGUGUCGACGUUUGAACCGCUCCGACCCUGCUCCAGGCUGCGUCAAUAACCCCUCCGCCGGUGCUGGAUCCUCUUUGUCGGCUUCCUAUCCGGGACCGUAGCCCGGUUUCUGUCCACGCACCGGUCCGGGUGAGUCCAGCACGAACUUGGCCAGAACUGAAUUACAUCAGCAUGUAGAAAUAGGCUCGAUGCGCCCAUUAUCGGACGUCGGAACGUCUUUUUUUUCCUUUUUUUUUUUCAGCUUGACAGCUUUUCCUGCAUGUUUUGCAUACAAACUGAAGGAUGAACCACGGCAGCUGCCAUGGCCUGCAGCGGUGGUCCUGCUAACCCCGAAGCUCUGGAAGGGUUCCAUGAGGUCAACCUGACCUCGCCCACCACACCUGACCUGCAGGUAUGUGAAAAGUCAAUCCCUGACUCGCAUCCAAGCCAAAUUCCUUUUUCUGUUUUGCUGCAGAACCAAGCAGAGCAGCGGCCCCCCGCACUCCACAGCGCCCCGCCGUCCUCUCUGUACCGCACUCACGCCUUAGGACCGCCCCCAGCUGGCCUCCGCUCUUCCCUGCGGGCCGACCAGCUCCCCACACAGCCCGUCUACUCCACGCCGCGACAUAACCACAAUGGAAGCGUGCAAGGCCAGGAGGCGGAGGCGGCAGAGGGCAACUUCCUGUCUGGGGAGGAUGGCGAGGAGUGCAGCGUGCUGAGCAACAGCCUUUCACGCCUCCGCAGCCCGUCGGUCAUGGAGGUGCGCGAGAAAGGAUACGAGCGUCUGAAGGAGGAGCUCGCCAAGGCCCAGAGGGAGCUGCAGUUAAAGGAUGAGGAGUGUGAGAGGUUGUCAAAAGUGCGAGAUCAGCUCGGCCAGGAGCUGGAGGAACUCACCGCCAGCCUCUUCCAGGAGGCCCACAAGAUGGUGAGAGAGGCCAACGUCAAACAGGCCAAUGCUGAGAAGCAGCUGAAAGAAGCUUUGGACAAGAUCGACGUCCUCCAGGCAGAGGUGCAGGCCCUAAAGACUCUCGUUCUUUCCUCCCCGACGUCGCCUGUUGGCGAGCUUCCCCUUGUGGGCGCAGGGGGGAAGACUCCGUUCAGAAAGGGCCACAGCAGGAACAAGAGCACCUCUUCUGCCAUCUUGGGAACGCAACCCGACCCGUCGGCCACGCAGCCCAUUGUACGCGAGUGUCGAGAGGCGGACCCUCAGCUCUUCACAGAGUUCAAGGCCUGGAAGGAGGAGCCCACGCUGGACCGCUGCUGCUGCUUCCUGGAGCGCAUUUACCGUGAGGACAUCUCCCCGUGCCUCACCUUCAGCAAGAGCGAGCUGGGGUCAUCCAUCCUGGAAGCUGUGGAGCAGAACACGCUCAGUGUGGAGCCGGUCGGAUUCCAGCCGCUGCCCGUAGUCAAAGCCUCGGCCGUGGAGUGUGGUGGACCAAAGAAGUGUGCCCUAAGCGGUCAGACCAAAACCUGCAAGCACAGAAUCAAGUUUGGAGACUCGUCCAACUAUUACUACGUGUCGCCGUACUGCAGAUACAGAAUCACGGCAGUGUGUAAUUUCUUCACCUACAUUCGUUACAUCCACCAGGGACUGGUCAAGCAGCAGGACGCCGAGCAGAUGUUCUGGGAGGUGAUGCAGCUCCGCAGGGAAAUGUCCUUGGCCAAGCUGGGCUUCUACAAAGACCAACUGUGACUCCUCCUUCCGGUUCGCUCACGUCAGGAAGCCGCGCCUCCUCCGCUGUGGAGCGCAAGAGGAUGAGCUCGUAGAUCAUCCCGGUGGCUUGUAGCCUUUGACCUUUGUUCGAACCCCUAACACUCCAGAAUGAAAGCUCAGCGACCUUAGGCUGGAGACACUUUUAUCUCCUGCAAACAUAACAAAAACAACCUAAACUUGCUGGUACCUCACUUUUUGUUGGUAAAUCGUUCCGUUAAAACAGAAAUCGCAAGAAAACCGAAGCAAAUUUUCCAUAAGUAAUCAUGAAUGUGUUCCAGACAGCCAAAAACCGAAUCACCCAUAAACCGAAUGACACUAAAACCGAUUCAUGCUGAAACCGAAUGACACUAAAACCGAUUCAUGCUGAAAACGAAUCAUACUGAUAUCAAACCGAAUCUCGCUGAAAUGUAAUUAUGUGAAAACCAAGUCAUGCUCAAACUGAAUUAAACUAAAACCUGAUCGGGUCAGACUGAAACCGAAUCACACUGAAAUUGAGUCAUUCGAAAACCAAAUUAUGCUGAAACCGAAUGACACUAAAACCGAUUCAUGCUGAAACCGAAUGACACUAAAACCGAUUCAUGCUGAAACCGAAUGACACUAAAACCGAUUCAUGCUGAAACCGAAUGACACUAAAACUGAUUCAUGCUGAAAACGAAUCAUACCCUACUAAAACCGAAUCUCGCUGAAAUGUAAUUAUGUGAAAACCAAAUCAUGCUCAAACUGAAUCACACUAAAACCUGAUCGGGUCAGACUGAAACCGAAUCACACUGAAAUUGAGUCAUUCGAAAACCAAAUUAUGCCGAAACCGAAUCACACUAAAAUGUAAACACACUGAAACAGA